AUGUCGCGCUGCUUUCCAUUUCCACCACUAGGGUAUGAAAAGAAGACUAGAACGGAUGAUGUUGACUUACCAAAAAAGGAAAAGCAUAGAGAAAAAAAGCACAAAAAAGAUAAGAAGGACAAAGAGAAGAAGGACAAAGAGAAGAAGGAAAAGAGGGAAAAGAGGGAGAAAGAAGGACGCGAUAAAAAACCUAAGGAUAAGGAUAAAAAGGAAAAAAACAGGGAAAAAAAGAAAGAUAAAGACAAGGACAAGGACAAAGGAAGAGAUAGCGAUACAAGUAAAACCAGUACUGCUGAUGGCAAAGGACUUCCAGGACAAGCUGAAGGUCUCAAUGCAGGUAAACUCCAAAAGGAAAUCAAGCCUGAUAAGAAGGAUGUCUUUGUCGAUAAUAAAAUUAUCAAACAGUAUACUGGCAAUAAUGGGGAGAUGGUUAGAGAGAUUAAUCAUCUGGCUAAGGAGAACAAGGAUUCUAAAUUCCUCCUGGAGUUUGAGAGGAGAAUUAAGGAUGAUAAUGGAGCGGCUGGUAAUCAAUUGGUUCAGAAGUUUACAAAUUCAGACCAUAGAAAAGAUGAGGGGACUGUUAGGUUGUUGGCUAGGAAUAGUGGCACCUUGCGCGAUGACAGUGAAAAACUCAAGGACAAGGGUUUUGAUGCUAAGAAGAUUGAGGGGAAAGGAAUUAAUGCCCAGGUACGGCCUUUUGGAAAUGCAACAGUUCAGAACCACGGCGGCAAUUUUCAUCCUAAAGCCGAUGGAGUGCCCAAACUUUUGGGGAAGUAUAUGGACAGGAAUUUGGAAGCAACAGUUGGAGGAAAAGAAAAGGUUAAGGAAAAGAAAGAGGAAGGAAAAGAAAAGGUUAAGGAAAAGAAAGAGGAAGGGAAGGAAAAAGACAAGAAAAAGAAAGAUGAUAAACGAGGUGAAAAAAGAAAAAAUAAAGAGGAGAAGAAAGGGCAUGGGAAGGACAAAGAUCGGGAUAAAAAGAAAGAGAAAACUAAGGAGCAUACUGAAGUUAAAACCACAGAGCAGAGUAAAUUAAAAGAAAGCAACAAUGUUGGUCCUAUACAUUCAAAUUCCUUCUCACGGAUUAGCAAGAACAUCCAUGAGAAUUCUGUUGGCCCUGAAAGCAACAACGUUGGUUCUAUACAUUCAAAUUCCUUCACACAGAUUAGCAAGAACAGCCACGAGAAUUCUGUUGGCUUUGAAAAUAGCAAGAAACGGAAGGAGAUCGAUUCAAAUGGAGUUCCACGUGCCAAUGAGAAUUGGCCGAGUAAGUUGCCAAGAUCAUCCUCUUCUCACUCAUUCACAGAAAAUGGAAGAAUAUUGGAACCUUGCACAAUUUCUAUUCCAAUUGCUUCAGAUAGACCAGAAAUAGCUGUCAGCAGUGCUAAGAUAGAAAACAAGGAAUGCAAGAUAAAUGGCUUCAUUGAAGUUCGACCACUUGCAGUACCCUCAAACAAGACUCACGCCACUCCCAUGUCAGCUGUUCCGUUAAUUGAAGCAUCUUCAAAGCCACCCCAUCCAGAUACCAAGUACCUAAACCACAUAUAUUCGGUACCUAAAGUGGAAUGGUCUGCUUUGGAUGAUCAAGAAUGGUUGUUUGACAACAGUAUUUCGCAAGAACGGAAACCCAUGGUGAAAUCUUCAGAGGCUGGGGAGACACCGCAAGUAUGGGCAGAAGUUGUGCACUUAGAGCCACCAGAUGUUUUUGCUCUGCCAUAUGUCAUUCCAUACUGA